UCCGCGGCCGACGGACGCCAGGCGGAGCAAGGAGCCGGCAGCGGGUUGUUUGGGCUAAAGCGAGCUCCGCGAGCCGGCCCAGCGCGCGUCGGUGGGCGCCCGUAGGAUGCGGUUCGGGUAGGGGCUAGGGGAGGGAGUUUCUGCGCGGCGCCGCUUCCCGGCUUGUUGCGGAGAGAAGGAAACAUGAACGGGGCCGACGGCGUAAAUUUCAGGCGGCUGGCCAUCCGCAGGAAAUCCAACCCCAGCUUGCGCAGCUCGGCCCUCGUCUUCCAGGGACCCGCGAGCGGUUCGAGUCUUCUCUCCCCGCCGGGGCCAAGGCCAGCGCUCCCGGCGGCAGCAGGUGGCAGUACGUGUCCAAAGAUCUUAGUCACUCCAUCCUGCUCAUCAAACAGUACAACUAGGCUGUACAAGCCCAGCAUCUGCAAUGAAGUGGUUCAAGGAGUAAAUGGAAGCGAUCCAGUUAAGUAUUCCCAGUGGCCAACUUCAGACUCAAAGCCACAAGUGCCUCCAAAGCCAUUACAUCUGCAGAAUUCACAGUCAUCCAUUACCCACCAAACCCCUAAGUGUAAAGCUUUGUAUACCACGAAGUCAAGAAUGGAGGAAAUUACACCUAUCUCUUCUUGUGUAUCGAAAGAAAAAUCUAGUAAAGUGUCUGAUCUCAUCAGUCAUUUUGAAGGAGGCAGCCCAUCCGUUCCUAGUGAGCUGAAGAAAGAACCUUCUGUUUUAAAUGUUGGUAAACCUCAAGGAAGGUAUGGACCAGUGCCAUCACCUCAGCCAAAAUUCCUCACCCAGCAUCCCCUACACGAGCAGGGAAACAGUAGAGGUCACUCUCAGGAUGUACAGAACCACACAGCCAAUGGCAUAAUAGCACAGAAUCAGUUGGACUGCCAAGACAAGUGGUCUGUCCACCGUGCCUGCAGAAGCACCCAAAAUGACUGUGAUGCAUUUGAUAGCAGCUUGGUAAAUGGAGAAAGAGGGAAUACUAGCACGGACUCACUGCCAACUACAGCAGCUUGCAAGGGGCAAAAAAUCAAGAGCUACCACUGGGCUCCCAGUGCAAAUACCUUUCCAUCUGUAAAAGAAGCUGGAGAAAUGAUUGCCAAUAAGGAAGAGAAGCGGGUUGAGCAAGGCAGUCAGCGGGACCCAAACACAGAGACAAAGGAAACAAAUGAAGAGAAAUGUUACAAAAUUGUCAAUGAGCUUUUGUACACCGAAAGAGCUUAUGUGAGCAGACUUGCUCUCUUGGAUCAGGUGUUUUAUUGCAAACUAAUGGAUGAAGCUAACCGGGGAUCAUUUCCAGCUGAAGUUGUUAAUAAAAUAUUUUCCAAUAUUUCAUCCAUAAAUCAGUUCCAUAGUCAGUUCUUGCUACCUGAGCUUGAGAAAAGAAUGCAAGAAUGGGACACCAACCCCAGGAUCAGUGAUAUUCUGCAGAAAUUGGCUCCUUUUCUCAAGAUGUAUGGAGAGUACGUGAAGAAUUUUGACAAUGCAAUGGAACUGGUGAAAACUUGGACUGAGAGAUCACCUUGCUUCAAAUCUAUUAUACAAGAUAUUCAGAAACAGAAAGUUUGUGGAAAUCUGACUUUGCAACAUCACAUGCUGGAACCUGUACAACGUAUUCCAAGAUACGAGAUGCUCUUGAAGGAUUAUUUGAGAAAACUGCCUGCAGAUUCUCUAGAUUGGAAAGAUGCUGAAAAAUCCUUGGAAAUUAUAUCCACAGCUGCAAGUCACUCCAACAGCGCCAUCUGGAAAAUGGAAAAUUUGAAGAAGUUACUAGAGGUAUAUGAAAUGUUAGGAGAAGAAGAAGAUAUUGUCAAUCCUUCAAAUGAACUGAUCAAAGAAGGGCAAAUACUUAAGCUCGCUGCUCGUAACACAUCAGCUCAAGAAAGAUAUCUCUUCUUAGUAA